UGGCUGAACAGCAUGGCGAAGGUCUCUGACAUGUUGUCUCUCUCUCAGGGAAUCAAUGUGUUGGAGCAGGAGAAGCUAGACAACAUGAUGAUCGAAAUGGACGGCACUGAAAACAAAUCUAAGUUUGGGGCCAACGCUAUUCUGGGAGUAUCUCUGGCCUUAUGCAAAGCUGGUGCAGCAGAGAAGGGAGUCCCCCUGUACCGCCACAUCGCUGACCUGGCAGGAAACGAAGAGUUGGUCCUCCCAGUGCCUGCCUUCAAUGUGAUCAACGGCGGCUCCCAUGCUGGGAACAGGCUGGCGAUGCAGGAGUUUAUGGUACUUCCUGUGGGGGCGGAGUCUUUCCGUGACGCUCUGCGGAUGGGGGCGGAGCUCUACCAGACCCUGAGGGACGUCAUCAAGGAGAAGUACGGUCAGGAUGCUACCAACGUGGGGGAUGAGGGAGGGUUCGCCCCAAACAUACAGGAGAACAGGGAAGCCCUGGAGCUGAUAAAGACAGCCAUAGAGAAAGCGGGCUUCACAGACAAAGUGGUGAUCGGGAUGGACGUCGCUGCGUCAGAGUUUUUCAGCGAGGGGAAGUACGACCUGGACUUCAAGUCUCCGCCCAACGCCGCCCGCAACAUCAGCGGAGAGGAGCUGGCCAGCAUCUACCAGGGCUUCAUCAAGGACUACCCAGUGGUGUCUAUUGAGGAUCCUUUCGACCAGGACGACUGGCCGGCCUGGUCAGAUUUCACAGCCUCAGUGGGGAUCCAGCCCUCACCCCUUCAUCACUAUAUCACUUCAUCCCUCCUAGCCCUCACCCCUUCAUCACUAUAUCCCUUCAUCCCUCCUAGCCCUCACCCCUUUAUUCCUUACACCCCUCAUCCCUUCAUCCCUCCUACCCCUCACCCCUUCAUCACUAAAUCCCUUCAUCCCUCCUAG